AUGUCUUCUAAGAAACAGGCUGGAACUAACCCCUUUGAAGAUGAUAUCGCUUCGUCGCCAUUUGGCGAUGAGUUUACAUUUGAAGGGUUAAAUCAAGAUCCAAUCAGAAAUAAUAAUUUAGAUAUACAUGAAUCUCUAGAGAGUUUAUCUAUAAGUGAAGGUCAUAAUGGUGAUACUCAUUCCUUUGAAGCUACUCCACAAAUUAAUAAUAAUGGAGAAAAUACUGGUACUUUUGAUGAUAUUCAAUUGGAAAAUGAUAUGUCUGAACUGACAAAUGAUGCACAAAUGAAGAGAAUGAGAAUGGGAACCCAAAGGAAAGCCAAUGGUAAUCCAUUAGUUGGUAGAGCAAAGACUUUAAAAUGGGCUGAACGAAAUUUUAUUAAUCCUAUUGAAGAAUUUGUAAGAGGUGAUGAAGAGGAUGAAGAAGGUGAUAAUAAUCAUGCGGAUCAAUUAAGAACUAUUUAUUACAAUAUGCCUUUACCAGAUGACAUGUUAGAUACUGAAGGAAAACCGAUUGCUGAAUAUGCAACAAAUAAAAUUAGAACCACAAAAUAUACUCCAUUGACAUUUUUACCCAAAAAUAUAUUAUUUCAAUUUACAAAUUUUGCAAAUAUAUAUUUCUUAGUGUUAAAUAUCUUAGGUGCAUUUCAAAUCUUUGGGGUUACAAACCCUGGGUUAAGUGCUGUGCCUUUGGUGGUCAUUGUUAUCAUAACUGCCAUUAAAGAUGCUAUGGAAGAUUCCAGACGUACUGUUCUUGAUUUAGAAGUGAAUAAUACAAAGACGCAUAUUUUAUCAGGUGUUCAAAAUGAUAACAUAUCAGCAGAUAAUGUUUCCUUAUGGAGAAAAUUUAAAAAGGCUAACUCUAGAUUACUAUUUAGAUUUAUUCAAUAUUGUAAGAGUCGUUUCACAGAAGAAGGAAAACGUAAACGUGCUAUGCGUAAACGUAAUCAAUUGAGAGCUCAAAGAGUAGCUCAAACUAGUGGUAAUGCGCCUCGUGGUUCUCUAGAUUCUAUAGGAAGUUAUAGAUAUUCUGCUGAUUUAGGACGUGCCUCCUUAGAUUAUUCAAAUGAAGUUGAUGGUGCCGUUGCUGCAUCAGUAAUGGAUCGCACUUUACCACCAAGAACAGAUUGUAAAUUCGAAAAAGGAUUUUGGAAAAGUAUUUCUGUAGGUGAUAUCAUUCGUAUUCAUAACAACGACGAAAUUCCUGCAGAUGUCAUUUUAUUAUCUACUUCCGAUGCAGAUGGUGCUUGUUACGUCGAAACUAAAAAUUUAGAUGGUGAAACAAAUUUAAAAGUUCGUCAAGCUCUUAAAUGUAGUCAAACUGUAAGAAGUUCAAGAGAUGUUGCUAGAUCCAAAUUUUGGGUGGAAAGUGAAGGUCCUCAUGCAAACUUAUAUUCUUACCAAGGUAAUGUCAAAUGGGUUGACUCCAAGGAUGGUGAUUUAAAAAACGAACCUGCUUCUAUCAAUAAUAUGUUAUUACGUGGUUGUACUCUUAGAAAUACUAAAUGGGCAAUGGGUAUUGUGGUAUUCACUGGUAGUGAAACUAAGAUCAUGUUAAAUGCAGGUGUCACCCCAACUAAAAAAUCAAGAAUCUCAAGAGAAUUAAAUUUUUCAGUCUUGAUGAAUUUCUUAUUACUAUUUAUCAUUUGUUUCAUUUCAGGUAUUAUUAAUGGUGUCUAUUACGAUAAACAUCCAAGAUCUAGAGACUAUUUUGAAUUUGGUACUGCUGCUGGUAGUGCUGCUACCAAUGGGUUUGUAUCCUUUUGGGUAUCUGUUAUUUUGUUUCAAUCGUUAGUGCCUAUCUCCUUAUACAUUUCGAUCGAAAUUAUUAAAACAGCUCAAGCCGCGUUCAUUUAUGGUGAUGUUUUGUUAUAUAAUGCCAAACUUGAUUAUCCAUGUACACCAAAAUCUUGGAAUAUUUCAGAUGAUUUAGGUCAAAUAGAGUAUAUUUUCUCUGAUAAGACUGGUACUUUGACACAAAAUAUCAUGGAAUUUAAAAAAUGCACAGUUAAUGGUGUCACAUAUGGUCGUGCGUAUACCGAGGCCCUAGCGGGUUUAAGAAAGAGACAAGGUAUUGAUGUCGAAGAAGAAGGUCGUAUCGAAAGAGAAGGCAUAUCUAAAGAUAGAGAUGUGAUGAUCGAUGAAUUAUCUAGACUCUCUGACAAUUCUCAAUUCUACCCUGAUGAAAUUACAUUUGUCUCUAAGGAGUUUGUUCAAGAUUUAAAAGCGCAAAGUGGUGAGGAACAACAAAAAUGUUGUGAACAUUUCAUGUUAGCUCUAGCAUUGUGUCAUUCUGUCCUUGUAGAACCAAGUAACAAAGAUCCGAACAAAUUAGAAAUUAAGGCACAAUCACCUGAUGAAGCAGCUUUAGUUUCUGCAGCAAGAGAUAUGGGGUUCAGUUUCGUUGGUAAAACUAAGAAGGGGUUAAUUAUCGAAAUCCAAGGUGUUCAAAAGGAGUUUGAAAUCUUAAACCUAUUGGAGUUUAAUUCUACUAGAAAGAGAAUGAGUUGUAUUGUAAAGAUUCCAGCAGCUAAUCCAGGUGAAGAACCAAAGGCGCUGUUGAUUUGUAAAGGUGCCGAUUCUAUUAUUUAUUCUAGAUUAAGUGUUGAAAAGGGUGCAAACGAUGAAAAGUUAUUGGAAAGAACUGCUUUACAUUUGGAACAAUAUGCUACUGAAGGUUUAAGAACUUUAUGUAUUGCUCAACGUGAAUUAUCAUGGUCUGAAUAUGAAAGAUGGAAUGCAAAAUACAAUGUUGCUGCAUCCGCUGUUACUGAUAGAGAAAAGAAACUAGAUGCAGUUUCUGAAGAAAUGGAACGUGAUUUAAUCCUAUUAGGUGGUACUGCCAUCGAAGAUCGUUUACAAGAUGGUGUUCCUGACUCCAUUGCUAUUCUUGCUGAAGCUGGUAUUAAACUAUGGGUUCUAACUGGUGAUAAAGUUGAAACUGCAAUCAAUAUUGGGUUUUCAUGUAAUUUAUUAAACAACGAUAUGGAAUUAUUAGUUAUCAAGAGUGGUGGUGAAGAUGUUCAAGAUCUAGGAUCUGAACCCGAAGAAGUGGUUGAUAACUUAAUCUCUAAAUACUUACAUGAAAAGUUUGGUCUAAGUGGUACUGAAUUAGAAUUAGCUGAUUCGAAGAAUGACCAUGACCAACCAAGUGGUAAUUUUGCUGUGGUAAUUGAUGGGGAUGCUUUGAAAGUUUCUUUAUCUGAUGAAGUUGUUAGACGUAAAUUUUUGUUGUUAUGCAAAAAUUGUAGAGCUGUUUUAUGUUGUAGAGUUUCUCCUGCACAAAAGGCUUCUGUGGUGAAAUUGGUUAAAAAUACACUUGAUGUUAUGACUCUUGCCAUUGGUGAUGGGUCAAAUGAUGUUGCUAUGAUUCAAUCUGCAGAUGUCGGUGUUGGUAUUGCUGGUGAAGAAGGUCGUCAAGCUGUUAUGUGUUCUGAUUAUGCAAUUGGUCAAUUUAGAUAUUUAACAAGAUUAAUUUUGGUUCAUGGUAGAUGGUCAUAUAAGAGAUUAGCUGAAAUGAUUCCCGCAUUUUUUUAUAAGAAUGUUAUCUUUACAAUGGCAUUGUUUUGGUAUGGUAUUUAUAACAAUUAUGAUGGUUCAUAUUUGUUUGAAUAUACCUAUUUAAUGUUUUACAAUUUAGCAUUUACCGCUUUACCAGUUAUAUUUUUAGGUAUACUUGAUCAAGAUGUUAGUGAUACAGUAUCAUUGGUAGUUCCACAAUUAUAUCGUGUUGGUAUAUUAAGAUUAGAAUGGAAUCAACGUAAAUUUUUAUGGUAUAUGUUUGAUGGGUUAUAUCAAUCGUUAAUAUCAUUUUUUUUCCCAUAUUGUGUCUAUAAGAGAACUAUGGUUGUUACCCAAAAUGGAUUAGGCUUAGAUCAUCGUUACUAUGUUGGUAUAAUGGUUGCAUCCAUUGCUGUUAUUUCAUGUAAUUUAUAUGUUUUAUUACAUCAAUACAGAUGGGAUUGGUUUAGUACCCUAUUUAUUGGGAUAUCUUGUAUUUCAUUAUUCUUUUGGACAGGUGUUUGGUCAAGUUCAACAAGAUCACAUGAAUUAUUUAAAGGUGCAGCAAGAAUAUAUGGAUCGCCAUCAUUUUGGGGUGUAUUUUUCAUUGGAGUAAUGUUUUGUUUAUUACCGAGAUUUACAUUAGACUGUUAUAAUGAUUUUUUCUAUCCAAAGGAUAUUACAAUUAUUCGUGAAAUGUGGGCACGUGGUGAUUAUGAUCAAUACCCUGAAGGUUAUGAUCCAACUGAUCCAAAUAGACCAAAAAUUAAUCAACGUAAAAAUAUUGGUAAUACCGGAAUUGUUAUGGAUAGAUAUUUUACACAUGGUUCAAGUGGAUCUCAUGAAAGUGUUAUGACUGAAGAGAUUCCAAUGAGAGUAAUGAACAAUGAACAUACCGGUAUUCCAACGGGGAUUAAAGUUGGUGAAGAAGAUGAAGAUAAAACAAGACAAUCAAGACAAUGGAAACGCCCAACAGAUACAUCACCAAAGGAGACUCAAGAUUUAUUAUUUUCUCCAAACAUGGAACAAAAUGAAAGUGAGAAUCCAUUUGCUGAUUAUAGAACAUCAUUAGAUCAAACAAGACAAGAAAUGCUAGAUAGUAAUGCAUUAGAUAAUAGAUAUAGUGUUGAUCGUGCACGUAUAUCGUUGGAUUUACCUGGUGUUACUAAUGCCAACAAUUUAAUCGAUGCCAGAAAGAGUUUCCAUAAGAAUCGUUAA